AUGCCACCGAGCGGGAGGAAGCACUGGUGCAAGCACUGCAAGAAGAGCUUCCCUUCUGGGAUGUCCCUUGGAGGCCACAUGGCAGUCCAUAGGAACAGGCGCAAGAAACAGAGGAGCGGCACUCCGAGCACUGACGGCGUCGGCGAGAGAUAUGGUCUCCGGGAGAGGUGCCUGGCAGAUUCCACUUCCAGUGACGAUGAUCCUUGGGCAUUGUUCCCCAAGACUGAAUGCCAGUUAUGCUUCAAGUCUUUUGCGUCCCGUGAUGCCCUGUCCAUACAUAUGAGGGUACACAUGCGCCGUAGGAACAAGAUGGUUGUGGAGAGCAACAUAUCGAUAGGUGAUGGUGAUCCAAAUGCUGCUGUAUUUGCUGCUCCAGUGAGGAAGAAGAGGUCAAAGAGGAUUGCUCUGGACACAGUUCCUGCCGCAGCGAUGAAGACCGAAGGGAUAGAGGAGGUCGAUGCCGCACACAUUCUUGUGAUGCUUUCAGGAGAUCAUGGCAUGUGCUCAGAUUUUGUGAGUUGUGAUGAAGACUGUGAGAUGGAUGGCAACGUGGAGUAUGAUCCACCGAUGAUGGAGCUGAGUUCUUCUGAUCAUCAUGGCCUUAACGGAGAAGACAAUGAGCUGAUGGAGCCAGAAACUUCUACUAGCUCUUAUGAGGAAGUGAAGUUUCUCAGUCUUUCAGAGGUGUUCAAGGCAACAACUAGAUAUGAGUGCAAGCUGUGUGGAAAGGUCUACUCAUCUCCUCGGUCAUUAGGAGGCCACAUGAAGGGUCACAGAGGCAUUCGCAAAUCUGCAGCGAGUCAACCUCGUAAACAGCUGCUUGAACAGGAUCGCAAGUUGUUUGUUCUCAGCCUUGCAGCUCCCAGUAUAUGGAAUUACAGAAGAGCAAGAACAAAGUCUGAACAAGAUCCAUCGUGGGUGGAAAGCAGCCUCCAGGGUGAAGGAAUGCUAGGUGUUGUCUGAAAUUGGUUACAGUUUCUUCACGGGUCAUGUGGCUAAACCACACUUGUUCUAGUAAUUGAUAGCUGAAGAGUAUGACACUGGGAAUGAUGUCUGCUCAAUCAUUAUGCACAAUUCUGUCCUUCGGAAUGGUCAGUAUUGGUACAUGUUCCACUGCCUUUUUUUGGUUUUCAAACAUUGAAAUGUAGUCACUGACUAUCAGUGCAUUAGUGGCACUGCCUUUUUUGGUUCUCGAACAUUGGUAUGUAGUUUCUGACAAGAAGCACAUUAGUCCUAGAUUUAGCUAUUCCCUAGUAGAGAGCAGUA